AUGGAGUUUAAAAAAGGAAAUCGAGGGCCAAGUUCUGCUGCAUUUUGUAUCAGAAAUGAAGAGGGGGAUUUGGUGCAUGCAGCUGCUAAAACUCUGAGUGAUGGAUCAAAUAUAGUUUCUGAGGCUGAGGCUAUUAAAAUGGGUGUGAUGUACUGUGUGGAAAAGCAACUCUUUCCAUUAAUCAUAGAGACUGAUUCCAUGACCAUGAAGAUGAUUAUCAAUGCUGAAUGGAAGAUCCCUUGGUGCAUUUCAAUGUUGAUGGAUGAUAUCACAAGGAUGAUGGAAGAUCAAAGAGUGACUGUGGAGCAUAUACACAGAGAAGGAAAUAGACUUGCAGAUAUUUUAACUAACUUUGUUUUUGAUUUUGCAGGUACAGUUCAGUUUCGUAAUUUUCAAGAAUUACCAAGUCAAGCUAAGAAGAUUCUGAAUUUGGAAAAAAUAGGAAUUCCUAACUUGAGAAUCAGAACUCUUCAAGACAAAGCACCUGAUUAA